AUGGCCACGCUCAGAUUCUUACUCUCCAAAACAACGUCCCAAACCCUCUACAAGUCCGUCCAACCUCGUCGUUUCAAUGGCUCUCCUAUGGUUUCUCAAUUUCUCAGAAGUCUUUACUCUCUUAUUUCCCAAGAAUUCCAAUUCCGUUCCUGCAACAAAUUCCAUUCCUUGCAUUCCAGGACCAUGUCCACUGCCCUGGAUGAUGAUCCCCAAGAUUCUAGUGCAUCUGUCGCUGCCGCGUUAAAUGUUGAUGAUCGGGUCCCCGCCACCGUGAUCACAGGUUUUCUAGGGUCCGGAAAGACAACUUUGUUGAAUCAUAUCCUGACGUCACAUCAUGGAAAACGGAUUGCUGUAAUUGAGAAUGAGUUUGGUGAGGUGGAUAUUGAUGGUUCAUUAGUUGCUAGUCAUUCGUCAUCUAAUGAGGAAAUUGUAAUGGUUAAUAAUGGUUGUCUAUGUUGUACUGUGCGGGGAGAUCUAGUCAAAAUGCUUUUGGAGUUGGCUAAGAAGAAGCGAGACAGGUUUGAUCAUAUUGUGAUAGAGACAACAGGUCUUGCAAAGCCUGGUCCUGUUAUUGAGACAUUUUGUACUGAUGAACUUGUUUCACGUUAUGUGAAACUUGAUGGAGUUGUUACGUUGGUUGACUCCAAGCAUGCCAUGCAGCAUUUGAAUGAGGUAAAACCAAGGUUUGUUGUGAAUGAGGCAGUGGAACAAGUUGCUUAUGCAGACCGUAUUAUAGUGAAUAAGAUAGAUUUGGUGACUGAGGCUGACAUUGAGGAAUUGACAAAGAGAAUUAAGCACAUUAAUGGUAUGGCACAAAUAAAGCUAGCUAAACAUGGAGUUGUUGACAUGGAUUUUGUUUUGGGAGUGGGAGGCUAUGAUCUUGACAGAAUUGAUUCAGAAGUGCACUCAGGUGGUUCCCAUUAUUCUGCUCAUCAACAUGAAAUGGGGGAUGAAUGGUUUACAACACCUUAUCAAAACAAGUUUCAUCAUCCGAAACACCACAAAGGACAUCAUCAUGACCACAUACACGAUUCGGCUGUCUCCAGUGUUAGUAUUGUUUCCGAGGGAACCCUAGAUCUUGAUGAGGUAAUUGCUUUGGUUGAGGUUGACGAUUGGCUUGAAAGACUGAUCGAAGAUAAAGGGGAGGACCUGUACAGGAUGAAGGGGGGUAUUGUCUGUGGAAGGUUCUGA